UUUUCUUACUUUUAUCUGUUUUUUUAACCUCUAAUUUUUCUUUCAUCCCACUAUUCUUGUGCUGUUAAAAUUUUGCUGGACGCUUCUUUUGGUAAAUAAAAUCUCCUUAAUUAGAAUUAUCUCAAUCCCUCUUCCUCAAUAUUCGCUUCAUAAAUCAGUUAAGGUCCUCUGAUGACGUGCUAAUCCCUCCGCAAUUCACUCUUUUUGCUCGCUCUCAUUGUUUUUGUCUAGCGCCUUUUCUUUCCUAGGAAAAUAUAUCUAUAUAUACAGAUAGCAUUAUUUUCAGUUUAUUCUUGAGCUUUUCUUGACUUGGGUUUUAGGGUUGUGUUUAAAUUAGCAACAUUUUCGUUGAUUCUUAGGUUUUGGGUUUUAAGGUUGUAACAAGGAUUGUCGUUUUUCAUGGUUAAAAGGUUGAAUUUUGCAGAUUUAUUUAUGUAAGUUGUUGUUAUCAUUAUUUGAUGAGGCGGCGUUCUCCGACGUCCCAAUUUUCAGACGAUUCAAUGGAGAAAGGGAAUGGCAAAAAUCAUCACCCUAGGGUUUGCUUGUUAGCUUCAUUGUCAGGUUUGUUUUGGUUCCUAUUGUUGUAUUUCCAUUUUGUUGUUCUUGGGGGUAAUCAUGUUCAAGAUUCAUCUAGUUUGGAUUCCCUUCCCAUCAACCGACAAUCAAUCAUUACCCCACAAUCAAAUCCCCACGCAAAAGUUGAAAGUAAGCAGGACUUAGUGAAGCCCAAACCCAAACCACUGGAGAAGAAGAAAUCGAUACCAUCUGUUGUUAAGCCUGUGAUUAGCAAUAAUAGUUCUCGACGUGAUCCUAAUAGUUACUCUUUUAUGAGAGCAUUGAGAACGGUAGACAAUAAGAGUGAUCCGUGUGGUGGAAGGUACAUUUAUGUGCAUGACCUUCCCUCGAGAUUCAAUGAAGAUAUGCUCAAGGAGUGCAAAACUCUUAGUCCUUGGACCAAUAUGUGUAAGUUUACUGCUAAUGCUGGACUUGGGCCACAAAUGGAGAAUGCCGAAGGAGUGUUCUCUAAUACUGGAUGGUAUGCAACCAAUCAGUUUGCCGUGGAUGUCAUUUUUGGUAACCGGAUGAAACAGUAUGACUGCCUCACAAAUGAUUCGUCUCUCGCUGCUGCCAUUUUUGUGCCAUUUUAUGCAGGGUUUGAUAUUGCCAGGUAUCUUUGGGGUUAUAAUGUAUCUAUGAGGGAUGCUGCUUCUCUUGAUUUGGUUGAUUGGCUUCAAAAGAGGCCAGAGUGGAGUAUCAUGGGUGGAAAGGAUCACUUUCUCGUGGCUGGUAGGAUAACGUGGGACUUCAGAAGAUUAGAUUCGGAUUGGGGAAACAAGCUUCUUCUUUUACCUGCUGGGAGAAAUAUGUCCAUGCUUGUGGUUGAAUCAAGUCCAUGGAGUGCAAAUGAUUUUGGCAUCCCAUAUCCAACAUAUUUCCACCCAGCAAAGGAUUCUGAAGUGUUCACUUGGCAGGACCGCAUGAGGAAGCUGGAGAGAAAGUGGCUAUUUUGUUUUGCUGGUGGACCACGGCCCGGUAUAUCUAAAUCAAUCAGGGGGCAGAUCAUUGACCAAUGCAUGGAGUCUAAAGUCUGUGAGUUAUUGAAGUGUGGUCAAUCAGGGGAGAGCAAAUGUCAUUCUCCUAGCAGUAUUAUGAAGAUGUUUCAGAGCUCCCUUUUCUGCCUGCAACCUCAAGGUGAUUCAUACACGAGAAGGUCGGCUUUUGAUGCUAUGUUAGCUGGUUGUAUACCUGUCUUUUUCCACCCUGCUUCAGCCUACACACAGUAUACGUGGCAUCUUCCGAAAAACUACUCAGCCUUCUCUGUUUUCAUUUCGGAGAAUGAUGUUCGUGAGAAGAAUAUAAGCAUAGAGGAAAGGUUAAAUCAAAUUCCUCCUGAGAAGGUGAAGGAAAUGCGGGAGGCUGUUAUAAGUAUGAUCCCUACGCUGAUUUAUGCCGAUCCUCGCUCUAAAUUGGAGACUCUCAAAGAUGCAUUUGAUGUAGCAGUUGAGGCAGUUAUAAAAAGAGUUACAAGGCUAAGAAAAGACAUCAUUGAAGAUCGUAAAGAUAAUAACUUCAUCGAGGAGCUCAGUUGGAAAUACUCAUUGCUGGACGAAGGGCAAACUGAGAUUGGAGCUCAUGAAUGGGAUCCAUUUUUUGAAAAACCAAAAGAUGAUAGUGCAGAAUCUGAUAGUUCAGCUGAAGCUGCUAAAAACUCUUGGAAAAAUGAACAGGGACAACAAUAAUGAUGGAAUUUUGUUCCUUCGACAUCCAUCACCAUCGUCUCAGCAUAGAAUGAGAGAACUACUGGUCUCACGUGAAGUUAGCAUCCAAGUAUAAAAAACUGUUUUGGUGAAAUUAUAAAAUCUUUGUGCAGAUGAAGGGACCAUAUAGUAAUACAUAAUCCUGCUUCUAAUAUAAACGCAGUUGUUUUUUGCCAAUUCUAUGUUAUUUAUUAGUCAUUAGCAAUAAAAUCCAUGUCAAUACUUUUGAUUACCAGAUGAUGUCUACUCAGGCAGGAACUUCAGUGAUUUGAUUUUGUGUUAUUUCA